GCACGCGUCUGCUAUUCAGUACCGCAGUGCAUUGCUUCAACAUGGCCGCAUCAGUGAUAUCCUUCUUCAGCCUGGAUGGCAAGACGGCGUUAGUGACCGGUGGCACGCGCGGCAUUGGCCAAGCCAUGGCCAUUGCCCUGGCAGAGGCAGGAGCAGAUGUCCUUCUGGUGCAGCGAGAUGAAUCAAAUCAAUCGACAAAAGAAGCCAUCGAAAAGCUAGGCCGGAAAGCGCAAAUCUACACAGCUGAUCUCGCCUCGAACGAUUCAUUGAAGCGUCUGGUACCACAAAUCGAAAAGGACGGCCACAAAAUCGAUAUAUUGCUCAAUUGCGGCGGUAUCCAGCGCCGUCACCCAGCCCAUCAAUUCCCAGACGAGGAUUGGAACGAAGUCCUGCAAGUGAACCUCACAUCAGUCUUCACAUUGUGCCGAGACGUUGGUGCACAUAUGCUAUCUCGCGAUCCGGAUCAGUACGGCAGACGAGGCAGCAUCAUCAAUGUGGCCAGUCUGUUGACCUUCCAGGGCGGGAUCAAUGUUCCGGCUUAUGCAGCUUCGAAGGGCGGCGUUGGGCAAUUGACUAAGGCCUUGUCGAAUCAGUGGGCGAAUCAGGGGAUUACGGUGAAUGCCAUCGCCCCUGGCUAUAUCGCGACUGAGAUGAAUACGGCUUUGAUCAAUGACGAGAAGCGGGCGGCGUCGAUUCUGGAACGUAUACCGGCGGGAAGGUGGGGUUCGCCUGAUGACUUCAAGGGGAGUGUGGUAUACUUGGCAAGUCGGGCGAGUGCUUAUGUCAGUGGCGAGGUUCUGACUGUGGAUGGUGGAUGGAUGGGACGGUAG